AUGGCGCCUCCUUCCGUGGAACUCGAGGCUCCCAACGGGGUCAAGUUCUCGCAGCCUACCGGCCUGUUUAUCAACAACGAGUUUGUCGAGUCGUCGUCGGGGCAGACCAUCACCUCCAUCGACCCUGCCACGGAAGAGCCUAUUGCCAGCGUCCAGGCCGCCGGUGUCGACGAUAUCGACAGGGCCGUCAAGGCUGCGCACAAGGCACUCAAGGACCCCUCGUGGAAGGAGCUGUCCCCCACGGACAGGGGCAAGCUCAUGUUCCGCCUGGCGGACCUACUGGAGAGCAAGGCCGAGGUGUUUGCCACGAUUGACGCCUGGGACAAUGGAAAGACCUACCAGGAGGCUCUGGACGUGGACCUGGUCGAGGCCACGGCCGUGCUGCGCUACUAUGCCGGCUGGGCCGACAAGACCUACGGCCAGACCAUCAGCACGACGUACCAGAAGUUCGCCUACACGCUGCGUCAGCCGAUCGGCGUCGUGGCCCAGAUCAUCCCGUGGAACUACCCGCUUUCCAUGGCCACGUGGAAGUUAGGCCCCGCGCUGGCCUGCGGCAACACGGUGGUGCUCAAGCCCGCCGAGCAGACGCCCCUCAGCAUCCUCGUGCUCGGCGAGCUCGUCAAGGAGGCUGGUUUCCCCCCCGGCGUUGUCAACUUCGUCAACGGAAUCGGGCGCGACGUCGGCCCCGCACUGGUGGGCCACGAGCUUGUCGACAAGGUAGCCUUCACGGGGUCGACGGCCACGGCGUCGACCAUCAUGGGCGCCGCCGCCAAGACGCUCAAGAACAUCACCCUCGAGACGGGCGGCAAGUCGCCCCUCCUCGUCUUUGAAGACGCCGACAUGGACCAGGCCGUCAAGUGGUCGCAUAUGGGCAUCAUGUCUAACCAGGGCCAGAUAUGCACCGCCACCUCGCGCAUCCUCGUCCAGAAGACUGUCUACCGAAAGUUCGUCGAGGACUUCCUCGCCCAGACAAAGGCCGUUAGCGUCGUCGGCGACCAGUGGUCUAAGAACACAUACCAAGGUCCGCUGGUGUCCAAGGCUCAGUACGACCGGGUCCUCGAGUACGUCAAGAUUGGCGUCGACGAGGGCGCCACCCUCGCAUCCGGCGGGAAGCCCUUCAAGCCCGAGGGAGCCAACGACAAAGGUUUCUUCAUCGAACCCACCGUCUUUACCGACGUGAAGCCGUCGAUGCGCGUCUUCCGCGAGGAGAUCUUCGGCCCAGUCGUCGUCAUUACCUCCUUCGACACCCAGGAGGAUGCCAUUGCCCUGGCUAACGAUUCCACGUACGGCCUCGGAUCGUCCGUCUUCACCACCAAUAUCGAGCGCGCUCACCGCGUCGCUGAAGAGAUCGAAGCUGGUAUGGUGUGGAUCAACAGCAGUCAGGACUGUGACCCCCGGAUUCCCUUUGGCGGCGUCAAGCAGAGCGGCAUUGGAAGGGAGUUGGGCGAGGCAGGGCUCGAGGCUUACAGUCAAAUCAAGGCGGUCCAUGUCAACAUGGGUACCAGACUGUAG